GAAAUUGUUUUGUGUACCGUCUUGCUCGAGCACUGAAGUCUCUUCUGGUUUCUCUCCCAAACUUGCUUCAGCCAAAACCCUAGACUAAGAUUAUAAAACCCUCUUCUCUUUCUCUGUUGGUCGCCGAGAAACUUCAAGAAAUUUGGGGUGCAGGAAGAUGUCUUCAAAUAUAGUGCUUUUUGAGGACAUCUUUGUGGUCGAUAAGCUGGACCCGGAUGGCAAGAAAUUUGAUAAAGUUACUCGCAUUGAAGCAAGGAGCCAGAACUGUGACAUGUUCAUGCAUUUGGAUGUAAACACAGAGAUAUAUCCAAUGGCUGUUGGUGAUAAAUUCACAAUGGCACUGGCUCACACACUGAAUCCAGAUGGAACACCUGACACUGGAUAUUAUACUCCGGGUGCACGCAAGUCACUUGCAGAUAAAUAUGAGUACAUUAUGCAUGGGAAGCUAUACAAGAUCUCAGAUCGCGCGUCUGGAAAAACACUUAAAGCAGAAAUAUAUGUAUCAUAUGGUGGACUUCUAAUGAUGCUCAAGGGAGAUCCUUCAUAUGUUGCUAAUUUCGAGCUUGAUCAGAGAUUGUUUCUUCUUAUUAGGAAGUUGUAAGACCCUUAUGGGUUAUAUCUAACGUGUCUCUGUAGUAUUUAAGAAUCUAUAAAGGCAUUCCUCCCCUAUCGGGUAAUUGUUUAUGUUGUAUCAAACAUCUUGGGUAUUACUUAAAUCAGCCAUCUAAGUAUUCCAGAAUAUUACUGAAGUUUCAUGCAGCAUUUGUUUGGAUUUCUUCUGUUCCCUUUUUGGCUGUAGUGCUACUUUGGAACUUGCCAUUUUAAUGGAGUAUAUGAUAAUUUGUUUC